CAUUUUCAAAGCCCCUCUCUUCUGUAUCGUACAUAACCCUACGCUCAUCUUCUCCACAACCUCCGCCGAAAUUUCGUUUCAUUACGGCCAAAUCUUCAUCACGUUCGUCCUCCUCAGGUCCACACCAUCGAAUCCCCCAAACCUUUGAACCCUCCCUCCACAAAAUUAUAGCCUCCAUCAUGAAAACCGCAUUCGUCUUCGCCAUAGCAACGACCUCAUCGUACUUCGAGGGGCUCGACCACAAAACCUUGACACCAACCCCCAGCCACAACAACUGCAACGGUGGAGACCCUUGGAGAGCAGAACCAAUACCCAGCUUAGUGGUUUUCGAGGCAGUCGACGGAGGUGAAUUUGCUUACGGCCAUGCAUCUGGGAACUCUGAUCCAUCCGUGUUAUUGGCUUUGGUAGAACUUCAGACUUGGGUCAUCAAAUUCUUUAUCUUUUAUUUUCCAUUGGGUGCUGACGAUGGUGGUUGGUUAUGGUCAGAGUCCAGGGACAUUGAUGUUGAUGACAUAAAACUCUUUGGUUUCCAUGCUUGGAAAGUGAAGGAUACUUUAGGGCAGAGGGCAGAGUUUCCUUCUACUGGUCAUUGGAUCUCUACGAUAAAUGGAUCUUCUGGGGGUCGAUAUGCAGAGGCAGUGGGAAAAAAAUAGGGUGCAAUUGAUUUUUUAGGGAAAAAUCUUAGGAAAAGAUUUGAGUCUUCUAAUUUUAUUUUGUUUCCCAAUAGAGCUAGUUCCCUUUCUUCUGAGAUCUCCUAUGAUUUAGGAGUUUAUGAGAGAUUUUUUUUUUUUGGUCGUUGGAAGAAAAUUAGUAAAAAAAAAGGAUUUGU